UUUCCAGUAAACUUCUUACGAGGCAUCAUUCACCAUACACAUUGUGUUGGGGGUUGGUUGAAAGAAGCAGUAGUUUAGAAGUUUUUUACUUAAAUUAAUUUUUCACCAAUAACAUGUGGUUAUAUUUGUUAAGUAUAUUGGCCAUAGAAAGUGUUCAAUCGGUAGCCAUUGGCUAUCCGUAUCGUUCAUUAUGGACCUAUAAUCCUGUUCAGGCGCAGUACGCACCAAAAGGUGGAUCUGUACACGGUUAUUUGCGCUAUUUGGAUAAUAAUGGAGCUGAGGCUUUAGUUGGCUACAAUAAUGCCCAGCCAGUAUAUGCUGUUCGUCAGAUUAAGUACGUUAAUAGCGCUGCUCCCGCACUAGAAACAUUUGUGAUCAAUAAGUCAGACGACACUAGCAAAAGCCGUGAAGCAUAUCUUCGUGCUGCAUCUCUGCAACAGUAUCAGAACUUGAAACGUGACAUUGAUGCCUUAAAGAACGAGGGUAAAGAACCUGCUGUGGAGGCAUUGCUGAAGUUACAAACAUUGGAAAAGAUAGCUUUUGCAUCCGACUUCUCACUCAUAGCGGAAUUACCAGAGGUGAAGCGUACUCUACAAGAUGUCGAAGCCGGCAUCAGUGGUUUAUACAGGGAAUCUGUGCAACAAUCCUCAAAUCAACAAUCUAAUGUUGAACAAAACCAAGGAGAGAUUAAGACUUAUAUCGGCAACUCGAAUAUAUCUUUAGUAGCCAUUGAAGAAACACCAGAACAAAAACACGCCCGUGAAGAACAUCUGCGAAUUUACAAUGAGCAAAUUGCACAUUUGAAACAAUUAGAAUUGGAACAUAAGAAAUAUGUGCAGGAGGCUUCGUUGAAAUCGCGAAAUGUUGACAAACCAAUUAUGGAGCAAAUAGACAAUAGCAAGGCAUUGGCAGAGUUGGAACGUGCCCAGCAAGAACACUUCCGUCUAUGGAAUGAAGCAAAACUACGUGCCGAACAAGCUGGUAAAGAAAGUGGUGAAAGGAGUAUUUCCGAAACAGCUGAGAAACAACAGAUCUCUGCAUUGACCAAUGACCAAAAUAUUUAUAAUCCUAAAGAAAAUAUUCCAAACACUCAAAUAUCAGCAACCCAAAGUUUGCAAGCUUCUGUGGAUAAUAGUGUAAAAAGUUCCAUUUCAGGUUUGGAUUCAGUACAACAACAAGUUGUUGAUACACCCGAAGUUUUGAAAGCACGCGAAGAACACUUACGUUUAGUUGAUGAAGUUAAACUGAAAAAUGAACAAAUCAAUCAAGAUUUAGCAAACAAUGAGAAAGAACAGAACUUCAAAACAUCCAUGUCCACAGCUGAGCCUUCUAAUGCUCCACAACAGAUAGUUGAUACUCCUGAAGUUGUGCGGGCUCGUGAAGAACAUUUACGCAUCGUUAAUGAAGCCAUUCAAAGAGCAAGGGCCUCGGAGCAAGAAGAACAAAAAUCACAAAAUAUUUAUUCAAUUUCUGAAAAGGAAAAAGUUAAAUUAUACUCAGAGUCCAGUAAUCAGAAUAUUCCCUCUGCCCAAUCACAAGGUUCUUCUCCAUUAUCUAAUUACCGAGUGGAACAACCUUUGGUAGUCGAAACUCCUGAAGUUGUUAAAGCCCGCGAGGAGCAUUUACGUUUAGUUCACGAGGCGAAUCUAAGAGCACAAUAUGUAGAACAACAAGAAUUAAAAUAUAAAUACGAAACCCAAACUCCCAUCUUAACGACCCAAUAUGAACAUCAAAAAUUGGUUCAUCAUCCUGCAGCUGCACAGAUUAUACAAGAAACACCUGAAGUGGUUAAAGCACGUGAAGAGCAUUUGCGUCUGGUAAAUCAAGCUAAACUUAAUGAUAAACGCAUAGUUUUCCCUUCAGAAGAAGAGCAGCAAUCCGUCUAUGUACCUGUUGUGGAAGAAACCCCUGAAGUACAACGUGCACGAGAAGAACAUUUGCGCAUUUUCAAUGCCAUCAAGACACAAGCAGAACAACAAAAGGCUAAUGAAGGUGGCCGAAGUUUUCCUAGUCCAGCGUUAUUGCAAAAUCCACAAGAACUUGCAAUAGCAGAAGAUAGUCUCUUGGAAUUGGAGCGUUUGCGUGAAGCGGAACGUUUACAAAAGGAGCAGCAAUUGUUAGAAUUGGAUCGUAUACGUGAAGCUGAACGCUUAGCUGAGGAAAAGAAACAAAUGGAAGCAGAACUUAUACGCCUUAGGUUAGAGGAAGAACAACGUUCGGAAAUGGAACGUUUGUUGGAAAUCAAACGUUUGCAACAGGAACAAGAAGAACUUAAAAAUGGCGAAUAUCAAGAAAUAAUAAUACAAAAUGAGCCGGCCGAUCAACAAGUCCAACUCGCUAUAAUUCCAACUAGACAACCGCUUUUCACGAACAUAGGACAAGCACGAAGCCAACAAAGCUCAGAAGUGAUAGGACAACAGAUCCAACAAUAUGCCCAAAAUCCAUUCUUAAAAGUGAACUCUGUCUCAAGUGAAACUGCCAAUCGCUUAGAAUACUCAGUUAGUCAAAGCUCUCCUAUUCUCAAAACCACUCCAGUAGAAAAUCCUUCUAGUAGUAACCCAGGCAAUUCCAUCACCUCCAACAGUGCUGCACAAUCCAGUGAUAAUACCCUUCCAGCUAGUCGUUAUGUACCCACCUCCCAUCAAUCCAGUGGAUCAAAACAUCAAUAUGUUAAAGAUGAUAAUACUAAAUACAAAUAUCAUCACAAUACCGCUAGUUCCCAACCGGCUGAUACUGCUGUACCCUUUAGUGCUUGGGAAAAGGCAGCCAACGAUCAUUUCCGCGCUCAUGAGUUGGCUUUGGAGCAAUUACGUUUAGCUAGACUUCAGAAUCCCUCCUCCGUGAAAGAUUGCAAUUAAAACAUUCCCUAUAAAAGACUGCAAGAUCAUGGCACUUGUUUAAUAAUGAUUAUGGAUAAACUAUAAAGCAUAAGUUUACUGAUUUUUUUAUUUGAAAUUUUUUUGUUAAGAUUUAAAAAUGUGAAAUUAACGAUAUUAACAUUUAUUAUUUAAGUAUUAUACUAAAAAAAUUAAAAAGUAGACAUUAAAUGCAAAUUAGUUUGAAAAACUACAAAAAAUUAAA